CAGCUGGCACGUCCGGCCGGCUAGUGAAACCUGCACGCUGGCUACAUACUAAUUCGAUAUGUUUUAAGUUAUAAGUAUGGGUGGAAGAGUCCGAUGUCAAUCGGUUUCUGAGUGGUUGUCGCGCCGACCGGGCGACCGCAUCGACAUGAGACUUACAAUCAUCGCGUUGGUGUUGUGCGCGUGCGUGUGCUUGUCGGCCGGAGAUGUCGCGCAUCUGAAGGCUGCCAAGGCGAAGCUGAUUGGUCGGCUUGCGAAGGGCAAGCCGCACAAACGAGGAGUGCUGUCGGCAGUGCCACCCUACAAGCUAGGAUACGACAUCCCCGUCGUUACUCACUCCGUCGUCAAACCGGUCGUCGUGUCGUACCCUCCCGCAGCAGCGGUGACCGCUGUGAAAGUGCCUCUCGCUCACCCCCUGACCACGCGUUACCCUGUGCCAGUGGGACAUAAAGUUCCAGUGCCUCAUCCUCAUUACGGUCUCAAGUUUCCGCAUCAUACGAAAACUGUUUUAUUGCCGAAACCAGACCAUCACUUCCAUCAUCAUCACCAUCACGUUUCUCCUAAGCCAGUGAUCCCUGUGGUACCAGCGCCUGUACCUGCUACUCCCGUGAUACCUGUACAUGAGCCUACAGCAACAGUGGCUCACCCUGUGCCGGCGCCUUCUCCACCAGUUCUCAUCCAAUCAGCGCCGAUACCUGCGCCGAUACCUCAACCUAUACCUGGGCCAUCACCCUUAUUCUCAGCAGCAGCUUUAGCUCACACUCAUCUGUUCCCUCAGGCGCAUGCUCACCUUCGGCCUGCAGUGCCUGCAGCUCCCCUUCCCGCGCACCCAGAAUAUACUCCACUCCUGCCUUACGCUCAUCAAUUCCCUUAUGUUUUGAGACCAGGUAAUGCAGUGCAGACUUCAUUCUUCGCGACAUACCCAAGAUAUCCAUUGCUUAAUUAUCAAAGCCCUGUUUUCCCAUUGGGUCCUCCAGCAGUCAAUCAGGUAAUAUACGAGCGUCCUCAGGGACAACACUUCCACCUGGCUCCACCAGCAGGUCAAGAAGGCGUAGUGCUCGAGCAGCCUGGUGCUCAUGUAGAGCCAACGUUCCUACAAGCACCUGUUCCGCAACACGCUGUGCAUCUACAGCCUACACAACCAACUCUUCAUCUGCAACCAGUACAACCGGGUGUGCAUUUGUCACCUGAUGUUCACUUGCAUCCCGGCCAACAAGAAGUCCACUUGCAUUCGGCUCAGCCAGAGGUUCAUCUUCAACCAACCCAACCGGAGUACCACCUACACCCAACACAGCCAGAAGUACAUCUCCACCAGGGUCAGCCGGAGGUACAUCUCCACCAGGGUCAGCCAGAAGUACAUCUGCAUCAACCUCAACCAGAAGUCCACUUGCACACUGCUCAACCCGGCGUUCUGCAAGCAGCUCAACCUGGUCUCCUGCCUACUCAACCAACCGUACAUUUGCAGCCCACUCAACCUACACUAGACCAAGAUGGCUGGCACCCUGUACAGGCACAACCACAUGAUCUAGGACAGCAAGGAGGCCACUUUAAUCAGGAUGGACAAUUUGCCCCAGGAGCCCAUUUCGGACAAGAUGGUCAAUACGCCCAGGGUCACUUCGGUCAAGAUGGACAACAGCAACAUUUUGGUAAUGAAGGACAAUUUGGGCAAGACGGUCACCAUCAGUAUACGCAAACGCAAGGUACACAGGUUUAUGAGCAGCAUACCGGAGAUCAACAAUACCACGACUUUCAGGCCCAGUUGGAGCAUCACAUCCAACAGCAACUGGAUCAGGCGCAGUACGAACAACACAUAAACAACCAGCAACAACAUCAGCCGGGACAGGACUACGGAGUUCCACAAUUCACUCAAGACGCUUUCGGCCAGAACGGACAGCAAGGUCAAAACUUUGGUCAUUCCGGUCAGGAUUACAACCAGAACGGGCAGAAUUUCGGUCAGCAAGGUUACGAGUAUAGUCAACCAGGACAAAAUUUCGGCCAAGAUUUUAGCCAGGCAGGUCAGAACUUCGGUCAGGAUUUUAACCAGCAGCAGCCGACUGGCGAGUACGGAGUGCCACAGGGCGCGGAGGGGCGCAGCAGCGCGGAGGGCGAGGAGGAGCAAGAGUUCCACAACCACAUCCCGCUGAAGCUGCAGCCGCCGCUGGACAGGCCGCUCGAACAUUUCCGAUAGCCUCGCCGCGUGUGCGAACCGCAUUUAUCAGUUACCUCGACGAGCGGCAACACUGCUACUGACUGAUACUCUGUCUAGCAACAUCAAGAUAGCUUCGAUUUACCUUACAACCUUGUUACCAAACUAACGUAGUACAAAACCGACACCGAAGUUCGAUUACUGAUCGUAAUCUCGCAGUGUUAACAUGUAGCAAUGAGUUUAAAAAGCAAAUACGGGCUGUAAUAUUAUAAUGUUAGAUUAAUAAGAUAUUUUAAACAUUACAAGAUAGAUACGAGCCAACAGUUGCGAGUCAGUAGUUAAGUAGAUCUGUCGCUAGAUAGCGCCACUCGCGUCCACCGCUGUGUAUAUUGUGUAGAUAAAGUUUAUGUUCACGAAUUGCCUAAUAAUAGUAAAUAGUUUAAGUUAUUAACAUAGUUGUAAGAGAGAUUUAUUUAUUUUUUUUAUAAAUAAAAUAUUUUGUAACGUUGAACAA